UUGUAUAUAUAUAAAAAAAUAUGUGUUUGUGUUGAAAAAUUAUAAAACUUAUAUUCAUAGGUAUUUUGCAAAACCUAUUACUUUUAUUUCAUUGUAUUAUACCAAAUCGAAACUUUUCCUCUUAAACAUGGAAUACGAUCAACGUGUACCCUGUAUUGAAGGUACCACCGAUAUGUCCUGUGAUAAGUGCCACAUUUGUGCCAACUCUAAAACAUCAUUGAAAAAUACCAACCUCUAUAAAGGCUACUACAGUUCACCAGUGGAUUGUCCAAAAACGGAUUUACCCAACCUUACAAAUGACAGUUGGACAAAACAGUUCUUCAGCAGCAACAGUAAUAGCAUCAGCAAUAGCAUCAACGGCAGCAGUGCCUUGACUUUGCGUCGCAUUUGUAUACUUCUGCUUGUGGCUAGCCUAUUUUCGUCUGCCGCCGGCUGUGGUCCCGGUCGAGGUAUUGGUGGACCACGUAGAAAACGAAAGCUAACACCUUUAGUGUUUAAACAGCAUGUACCAAAUAUGUCCGAACAAACUUUGGGUGCCUCCGGCGUCAGCGAAGGUGCCAUUCAAAGGGAAUCGGCCAAAUUUAAGAAAUUGGAAUUUAACAAUAAUAGGGAUAUAAUAUUCAAGGAUGAGGAGGGCACAGGAGCCGAUCAUGUUAUGACAAGGCGCUGCAAAGAAAAACUCAACACCUUGGCCAUAUCGGUUAUGAAUCAAUGGCCUGGGGUACGCCUGCGUGUUACCGAAAGCUGGGAUGAAGAGUAUUUACACGAUGCCAACUCCUUGCAUUAUGAGGGCCGUGCCGUUGACAUAACCACCUCGGAUCGUGAUCGUAGCAAAUAUGGCAUGUUGGCCCGUUUGGCUGUGGAGGCUGGCUUCGAUUGGGUCUACUAUGAGACUCGAGCGCAUAUACAUUGUUCCGUUAAGUCUGAUUCUUACCAUUCACCCCAUGACAGUGGUUGUUUUACCAAAGACAGUACCGUACUCACCGAAACCGGUGAACGUAAAGCUAUGACAGACCUAAGCAUUGGCGAUCGUGUCCUUAGCAUCAACGAACAGGGUCAAGCCAUUUAUAGUGAAAUAAUUUUAUUUUUGGAUCGUAAUCUACAAGAAUCACAGGAAUUUGUUCAAUUAACCACCGAAAGUGGUGCCGUACUCACCGUGACUCCCGGCCAUUUGGUUAUGAUAUGGAAUCGUGAAAAAUCCCUUAACGAAUAUGUGUUCGCCGAUCGUGUACAGGAGGACGAUCAGGUGUUUGUGCAUGACUCUACGGGUGCCAUACGACCCCAACGUGUUGUGGAGUUAAGAGCUGUGUUGAAAAAUGGAUUUGUGGCUCCCCUAACCAAAGAAGGAACCAUUGUGGUGAACUCAGUGGCUGCCUCAUGCUAUGCCAUAAUCAAUAGCCAAUCUUUGGCCCAUUGGACUUAUGCCCCCAUGCGUCUAUGGUCAACAAUCAAAUCAUUGAUGCCGCAUUCCAAGGAGGGGAAGGAUUCAACAGCUCAAUUGCAAAAUGGUGUUCAUUGGUAUGGCAAGGCUUUGUAUGGUGUGAAAAAUUAUGUGGUACCCAAAUCAUGGCGGCAUUAGGCGGUUGAAACUAUCCAAGAACAAUAACUCCAUUCUAGUUACCAGUUUAAAUAGAUUGUUGGUUGGUGGUUGGCCACUUCUUUCUAUUUCCUUUUUGUUAGACUUUAAGUAGGAAAUUAUUGAAAUUUUUUAACUACCCAAUUGGCCAAUUAAAGAAGUGCAUGCGCAUGCGCAUAAAACACAUGAAGAAAUUAAUUCUAUUCCCUGCAAAAAAGAAAAUGAGUUGACUUCAUUCCCAUGAAUAGAAAUGAAAUUUUACUUAAAGAUUAAUGAAGAUCAAAACAAAUUGUAUAAAAAUGUAUUGAUAAUAAUUUAUGUUAAAUAAUUUGUUCUUAAUUUUAAUAAUAUUGAAAAAAAUAGUCCUUGAGUGAUAGAAAAAAAUCAAAAUAUGUAAAUAUGUAUGUAUGUAAUUGAUAAAAAAAAACAAAAAUCUACAAAAAGGGGGACAGGGUUUUGGAGAAGGAAUAAUUAGAAAUCGAUUGGUAAAAUAAAAAAAAAUUACAUAAAACCGUAUAAUUUGUAAAAUAUA